AUGCUUCUCCUGCUAGCAAUCUUCACACCCUUUUUCCUCGCCAUCACCAUAGAGAGCACCUCGAUGAUCUGCUCCUCCAACCUAUAUGGGCGACCUUCAGCUUCUGACAGCACAGCAGUUGCUCAAGCGUUACCGUUUGCCAAAACAGAUCCCGAUGGCCAGAUGGACGCAGGUCGUAUCUUUGCAGAGCCGGCAUUCUUCCAGCCACGGUUCAGCGCACUCAAGAAUACUUGGCCGCGAGACAUGGUACAGCUUCCGAUGAUUUGGCGUUUCAACAUCUUCAGAGACCCUUACGUCUCCGUCUACAUCUACGAAGCGGGCUCCCCUUUCGAAAAUGUCAUGAAUCAGUAUAUGAUCACUGGCAAGGGUAUCAAUCCUUUCAACCCAAGGGGCCUUGGUGCGGAAGGCAUUGCGUUGAAUGCGACGGUAGCUGGCGCAACAUUGGGUGGCAACGCUGUACUGACAGCAACGGAAGUUGGCUCGGUACCGACGAAUAUAUUGCCUGCGGUGACUGGGAUGAGUGCUUUGAGUGUGGAGUUGGAGAUUGGGUCGCGAUGA